ACCGACUUGGCCGAGAUUGAAAACCGGUCCUCCUGGAGGAGGCCAAGCGGGAAGGAAACCGCGCCCUCUAGUUCCUCCGGAUGUGGUUGAGCCGCUUCAAGGAGACGCUCCGCCCCUGCUCCAACUUUUCCUCCUCCACCGCCACCGCCACCGCCACCGCCUCCUCUUCUUCUUCCAAUUCGGAGCCCUCAUCCCAGGUCCCUCUUCCUUUGAGGAAGCCCCCCAAGUCCUCCCUGUCCCAACAACUCCAGCGCCUCGAAUUCCCCUCCGCCGAACGCCCGCUUUCGCGAGAAGUCGUCAAAGAGAAAGAAGCAAGAAAAGGAGGAGGAGGAGGAGAGAAGGAGGAGGAGGACGAUGGGGAUGGAGAGAGAUGCUCUCUCCCUGCUCGAUUUAAUCGAGAGACGUUUCUUCCCCAGCCCUUCACUUCGGAGGUCAGAGGCCCCUACGAGCCUCUGGUCCUCUCCUCCCCCGGCGAAACCCCCGUCAUUCAGGUUCCUGCAUCUAUCAGUUGUAGGCUUCUUGAACAUCAAAAGGAUGGCGUGAGGUUUCUAUAUAGUCUGUACAAGAACAACCAUGGUGGUGUACUUGGAGAUGAUAUGGGUUUGGGUAAAACCAUCCAGACUAUUGCUUUUCUGGCUGCUGUGUUUGGGAAGGAUACUGAACAUGGGGACCAUCAGUUGGACAAGAAGGUCCAUAUGAUCAAGAAGGGACCUAUACUGAUUGUCUGUCCCACUUCUGUUAUUCAAAACUGGGAAAAUGAGUUUUCUGAGUGGGGAGACUUUAGUGUUGUUGUUUAUCAUGGACCUAAUCGUGAUUUGAUUCUUGAGAAACUUGAAAAUCGAGGAGCUGAGAUACUUAUAACUAGUUUUGACACUUUCAGAAUUCAUGAUAAAACUUUAUCUGAGAUUUCCUGGGACAUUGUCAUUGUUGAUGAAGCGCACCGUCUGAAGAAUGAAAAGUCUCAACUAUAUAGAGUAUGCUUAGGAAUUAAAACCAGAAAACGGUUUGGUCUUACUGGAACCAUAAUGCAGAACAAUAUUUUGGAGUUAUUUAAUCUGUUUGAAUGGGUUGCACCUGGGUCCUUGGGAACUCGGGAACAUUUUCGAGAUUUCUAUAAUGAACCCUUAAAGCAUGGUCAGAGGUUAAGUGCUCCUGAAAAGUUUAUUCAAGUUGCUGAGGAGCGCAAGCAGCAUCUUGUCGCAGUGUUGCAGAAAUAUUUGUUAAGGAGGACCAAGGAAGAGACUAUUGGGCAUCUUAUGCUAGGGAAAGAAGAUAAUGUUGUUUUUUGUGCAAUGAGUGAGUUGCAAAAGCGUGUUUACAAGAGGAUGCUGGAACAGCCUGAUUUCCAGUGUCUCAUAAAUAAGGAUCUUCCUUGUAGCUGUGGGAGUCCUUUAACUCAGGUUGAAUGUUGCAAGAGGAUAGUACCUAAUGGUAUUAUUUGGUCUUAUCUUCACAGGGACAAUCCUGAGGGCUGUGACUCAUGCCCUUUCUGCCUUGUUCUUCCUUGUCUCAUCAAACUUCAGCAGAUCAGCAAUCAUCUGGAGCUGAUAAAGCCUAACCCGAAGGAUGACGUGGAGAAACAGAAGAAGGAUUCUGAGCUAGCAUCUGCUGUGUUUGGUGCUGAUGUCGACUUGGUUGGUGGUAGCGCGCAAAUUGAAAAUUUUAUGGGGCUUAGUGAUGUAGAACAUUGUGGGAAAAUGCGAGCAUUGGAGAAGCUGCUAUUGUCAUGGACUUCUCACGGUGACAAGAUACUUUUGUUCAGCUACUCUGUCAGGAUGCUGGACAUACUGGAGAAGUUUCUUAUACGAAGAGGCUAUUGCUUUUCCAGACUUGAUGGUUCAACUCCAAUGAGCUUACGCCAGUCACUUGUUGAUGAAUUUAAUAGAAGUCCAAGUAAACAGGUAUUUCUUAUAUCUACUAGGGCUGGUGGUCUAGGUCUGAAUCUGGUCAGUGCUAAUCGUGUUGUAAUUUUUGACCCAAAUUGGAAUCCUGCUCAAGACUUGCAGGCACAGGAUAGGUCAUUUCGUUAUGGCCAGAAGCGCCAUGUUGUAGUAUUUCGUCUUCUUGCAGCUGGUUCACUUGAAGAACUUGUAUAUUCUCGCCAAAUAUAUAAACAGCAGCUUUCAAAUAUAGCUGUUUCAGGGAAAAUGGAAAAGCGCUAUUUUGAAGGUGUGCAGGACUGCAAGGAAUUUCAGGGUGAACUAUUUGGAAUCUGUAAUCUGUUCAGUGACCUAUCUGAUAAGCUUUUUACAAGUGAGAUCAUCGAAAUGCAUGAGAAACAAGGAAAGGAUCCUACAACUCAAACCAAUCUAAACAGUCCAAAGAUUAAUGAUGAUUCUUCUCUCAAGGAGGUACAUGUAGUUCCACUCUCAGGCAAGUUUUCUGAGGCUGCAGGUCACGUGCAACACAUAACAAAGCUUGAUGACUUGGUGGGUGGGGGUGAGUUGGGCCAAGCCCAAAGGUGGUCUCAAGCUUCACCAACAGGCACGUAGCUUGGGCUCCGCCUUAUCUAUAGUCGACCCAACUUGUGUGGCUCCAUCUCUGCUCGAUGAGCAACAAGUGAGAUUGAGCUGAAAUCAAGCUAGCCCAAGUUACCUUUGGAACCUUUUUUUUUUUCCUGGAAACAUGUCAUAGAUGUAUAAGGAAUUCUCUCACUGACGAUUGUAUAAUAUGAAAAUUGCUUCCGCAAUUUACAUAUAGCAUGUGAUUAGGGAAAUGAUCUGUAAGAUGACUGCUAAUUGUUGCUUAUAUUAUAGAAAAGAUAUUUAGAAUUGUACUUAUGAUAUAAAUGAUGCACAUGCAUUUUGUAAAUUGGGCUAGGCCAAGCUGAUCUAUUGGGCUUGCAAACCACUGGCCUAAGAUUCUAGGUUGGGUGAGGAAUUCACAAUGCAGGCUUAUUGAGUCCAUGAAGAUAUUGGCCUGGCCUGCUUAAAUUGCUGGCUUGGUCAAGCCAGUGUGGGUUGGCCCAGCCCAAUGUGGCAUCCUGCUGUCAAUUUUUUCAUAAUCUUGUGUUACAUAAAUUUAGAUUUGCUCUUAAAAGUAUGGUGGAUUUGAUGCAUAUACAAUUAUUGUUUUCAUGGACCUGGGUUGUAACUCAAAACUAGCUAUUGGUUUCAUAUUUAUAUGUGAAAAACUCAUGAUACUAGAAAAGUAUAAAUUCCUAAACAGUCUUAAAGAGACAAGUUAAAUCACUAUUGAGAUGUUGUAUUGAAGGUUUUAUUUAUUCAGGGGAAUAAUGACAUUUACCUCCUUGCCUGGUGCUGUCUAUAUGGUCGCUUAUGAGGAAAUAACUUGCCUUAGAAUUUGACUGCAGAUGUUGAAUCAAAAAAUAAAGAUACUUCUAUUAAUAUUCAUGCAAACACAUUGUAUGUCUAAAAUUCUGUCAUUCCAAGCAAUUAGGAUUUAUGAUCAAGUUCAUCCAGUAUCAUUUUACUUUGCUCUUUUCCUUAUGAAGUCUGCCAGUGCUGUUAGACUAAUUUCAACCUGUUAACAAUAAUUUAGCUGAAAAAGAAAUAAAAAUAAAAUAAAGUCAAU